AUGAUUUUCUCGAUGCUCUUUUCGAAUUCUAUAUCUACGCGCCAAGCUAAAAGAUAUUGCGUCUUCCUCUUGGCUUCGGUGUUAUUCCUCAUCUUGACUUGGGAAUGCUUGUAUGUUUACAAGAAUAGUCCAGAUAUCCAACGUUCUGUUAAUUCCCUGGCGGGUCGUUCGCCUGUCAAGCCUUUUGCGUUCGUUACCAUGCUACUGGCUUCACCUUUGAAAGCCGAUGAGACUAAUCAACCAGUACAAGAUUGGUACUACAAUGCAACAAGGUUAUUGGUAUACAGAUUAUCGCAUUACCCUGACACAAAGAGUAAAUUCCCUGUCAUCGUAAUGGUUACAAAAGGAAUUGAGAAUUGGAAACUGGAGCAGCUUAAAGGUGACGGAGCUAUCGUCAAAGUGGUUGAUCCCUUGUAUGCCGACGAUGUCGUUGACAAUGUCAAUGACAUGGCUGUCUUGGACACCAGAUGGAGCAUGAUGUAUACUAAAUUACGCAUCUUUGAAAUGUACGAAUACGAGCGGCUAUGCUUCGUAGAUAGCGACAUUCUUCCAAUUCGAAAUAUGGACGGAGUAUUUGAUGUUCGUGAACAAACGUCUGCCUAUCUCAGCUCCUUUGAGCUUCUCAAUAAGCUACGCAGGUUUUUGGAUGGGAAAAAAUACACAGAGGAUUUUUCUGCUUAUGAUCUUCGAAGAAAAGACUUUUAUCCUUAUGUUUUCGCUGCUGUUUCUGAUCCUGGCUUGUGGCACGACACUCCUCCCGAGUUUCGAGACUACUUUAAUGCAGGCUUGUUUGUUUUCCAUCCAUCUACGGCACAUUAUAAGCGUCUAAUGACUCUGGCUAGAUUUCCUAAACUGUACGAUAAUGCAAAUAUGAUGGAACAAAGUUUAUUGAAUUUUGCAUACAGCUCCGCCGGAGAAUUUCCAUGGGAACCGCUAGAUUGGACCUAUAAUGGAGUAUGGACUCGUAGACCAGAUCUUGCGUAUUUGAAAAACGUUCACGGAAAGCUUUGGCAAGAAGAGGGAAGUAUGGGAUAUGACCCAGACACAUCUUCUCUUUGGUGGCGGGCCCUUGGCGAAAUGGAUCACUUUUAUAAGGAACAUAACAGUAUAGAAGCCUGA